AUGGCUUGUGUUGCUUCACGAGCUGAGAAAAGUGGUAUUGCUUUAGAAGCUCAACAAAAAAUUCAUGGCAAAUACGAUAAAGAUUUAGCUAAAAGUAUUUUGGAAUGGGUUAAGAAUGUCACUGCAGAGGACAUCAAUACCGAUGGUAGUGCUGAGAAUCUUACUGAACUUUUCCACAAUGGACAGUUGUUGUGCAGAUUGGCAAAUGCCUUGGAGGCUUCUUCUGUGAAGAAGAUCAACAGUUCUGCCAUGGCUUUCAAGCAAAUGGAAAACAUCUCAUUUUUCUUGGCUUUCGCUGAGAGACACAUCAGUAAAACUGAAUUGUUCCAAACAGUUGAUUUGUAUGAACGUCAAGAUCCUAAUGCUGUACUCAUUUGCCUUUCGGCUUUGGCAAGAAAGAGCGAAAAAUUGUUUGGUAAACCAGGAUUAGGACCUAAGGAGUCAGCAGGAGAGAAGAGAAAUUGGACUGAAGAACAAUUGAAGGCCGGACAUGGAGUUAUUGGACUUCAAAUGGGAAGCAACAAAGGAGCUAAUGCUUCAGGAAUGAAUUUCGGUAACACCCGUCAUAUGUAA